AGUGCGAUCGAGGCUGCGCGGCACUCCGCUGAUCCGCUCCGCUCCGCUCCAACACCCCUACGCGGACACGCGUGUUGUCAUCAAAAAUGAAAAAACAAAACCACGCGCGCCACGUGGCCGUGGCUGGCGGCCCCUCGCCGCAGCCCGGCACGCCGCCCGCCCGCGCUAGCCGGCCAUCAACCGCAUCUGAAAGGAGGAGUCCACCUGACGCCGCCCGCCUCCUCGUCACCCCGUUUCGCUUCGCCUUCCUUCCCCUCUCUCCCUUUAUUCCUAUCGGCGCUCGGCCACCUUCCCGCACCAACCCACUCGCCCCCGCAUUCCCGGGUGCCUCGCUUCGCUUUGCGCGCGAUUCGAUCCAGGCUUCUUUGGUUGGAGGCAUGGCCUCGUCGCCCGCGAGCAGCUACGACUGCUCCUUCAAGGUCCUGCUUAUCGGGGAUUCGGCCGUCGGCAAGAGCAGCCUCCUCGUCAGCUUCGUCUCCGCCGCUCACAUCGACGACGACAUCGCGCCAACCAUAGGGGUGGAUUUUAAAAUCAAUUUUCUCAGUGUGGGUGGGAAGAAACUAAAACUGACAAUAUGGGACACUGCCGGUCAAGAGAGGUUCAGGACAAUUACCAGCUCUUACUACAGGGGUGCUCAUGGGAUUAUUUUAGUUUAUGACGUUACAAAGAGGGAGAGUUUCACAAAUUUGGCUGAUGUGUGGACCAAGGAAAUAGAGUUACACUCAACAAAUAAGGAAUGCAUCAAAAUGCUUGUUGGAAAUAAAGUGGACAAGGAUGAGGACAGAAUGGUGACAAAAGAAGAAGGUCUUGCAUUUGCACAAGAACGUGGAUGUCUCUUUGUCGAGAGUAGUGCUAAAACAAGAGAAAACGUGGAAAAAUGUUUUGAAGAGCUUGCAUUAAAGGCAAAAUGUAAAUGCCUUCUGCUGGUGUACAGAUUCUCCAGGUUCCCAGUCUAUUGGAGGAAGGUUCUUCGGUUGUUAAGAGGAACACUCUGACUCUGAAACAAAAGCAGGAGAAUGCAAACCGAAGUGGAGGAUGCUGUCAGUAGGUCGGCCAGUUCUUGUUGCAAGCCACUCGAGGUAUCAUAUAUUUAGGUCCUUGUAAGUUGUAUUGGGAUGUAGAUGAGUUGUAUCUAAAUGCACAGCGGCAGAGCCAAUGCAAGUGAUGGGAGAACUAACCACUUGAGGUUUUGGUGUGAAUUGAUCUGUACAGAAGAAAAACCUUCUCUUGUUUUUCCUGUUUCUUGAUGUGGUAAUUUGCGCAAGUGAUGGGAGAACUAACCACUUGAGGUUUUGGUGUGAAUUGAUCUCUACAGAAGAAAAAUCUUCUCUCUUUUUUUCUGUUUCUUGAUGUGGUAAUUUGGUUUGUUGCUUGUAACGGAUCCUGUCAGCUGAUCACUUCAUUGAUUGUAUAUGUGGAAGUGUGGUACAUAGUUCAUGGCUUAUAAAGCCCCACUGUCAUGUGAA